AUGAAUGAUCCCAAAACAACUACAGAUCAUCUCGAGUCAGUGGAGCAGGAUCAAAAGUUAGACGAAACACAAUGGCCAGCACAGUUCGACCCAAUUCUCCUACGUCGGGUAAUCAGGAAAGUCGAUUUGGUGGUGAUUCCGUUCAUCUGCAUCACAUAUCUUAUUACCUACAUCGAUAAAGUCAUGAUGGGCUAUGCCGCUGUUUUUGGGCUGGAAGGAGAUUUACAUCUAAAAGGGACUGAGUAUAGUAGGUUGGGUAUGGGCAGCCGACUUCCAUACGAUAACAUACUAACUCUGACAGGGAGCAUGUUCUACUGUGGGUAUCUCGCCUUUGAAUACCCUUCUGUUUUUGCCAUGCAGAAACUCUCCGUGGCCAAAUGGCUGUCUGUCAAUAUCUUCAUCUGGGGCGGAGUGACUAUGGCUCUGGCGGCAUGUACGCAUUUUCAACCAUUUCUCGGUCUGAGAUUUGUCCUGGGUGCUCUCGAGUCAUGCUCCACACCAGCCUAUCUUCUCAUCACAGCAACAUGGUAUACUAUUGAGGAACAGCCGAUUAGAAUAGGAUGGUGGUCCACCUUUCUUGGUAUUGCAAAUGCGUUUGGAGGGCUGUUGGCAUUUGCUAUCGGCCAUAUCCAAGGCAAUCUGGUGUCCUGGCAGUACCAAUUCAUUAUCAUUGGUGCUAUAUCUUCUGUGUGGGGAAUAUUUAUGUUCUUUACUCUUGCGGAUGGGCCGUCUACUGCUCGCUGGCUCAACGCACAAGAAAAAUACGUCGCCGUCCACCGUCUCGGCCCCAGACAUUCCGGCACCAGGGUGUCCGAAAUCAAAAUGUACCAGAUGUGGGAAGCCCUGGCGGAUCCCAAAACGUGGUUCUUCUUCCUCUGUGGCGUCUGCACGCAAGUCGUCAACGGGGCGGCGAGUAACUUUGGGAGUCUCAUCAUCGAGGGGUUCGGAUAUUCGAAUUUUGUCACGACACUGUUCCAGAUUCCGUACGGCAUGGUAAUAUUGGUGUCCAACGUGUCUGCCAUGUAUAUCCAGCGAUGGCUUCCAGGGCAGAAGAGGUGUAUCGUCGGUGCUAUAUAUCAUACGAGUACUUAUACCGCAUCAUUCGCAAUGAUCAUGUCUCUCAUCACAGCAAAUACAGGAGGGACCACCAAGCGAUCGGUUACGAAUGCUAUAUUUUUCAUUUCGUACUCACCCCGAUAUACAUCCGGGAUCAUUGCCAUGCUGGUCGCAUAUUGUGUUGAGAUUUUUCUCUUGCUCGGUUUCGCACUCUAUGCGGCAUAUUUGAAUCGCACGAAGGAUGGGGUUACAAUCACAAGUGGCCGGACGGAUUCCGACGUCGACCAGACAGAUAGAGAGAAUGUUCACUUUAAAUAUUCGUACUGA